UAAAAAUAUUUGAGAAAUAGAAAAAAAAUAUUGCAGGAUAAAUAAAACAAGCACCAAGAAUAAAGGAGCUGAACACUUGCCAUGGACAGACUUGAGCACCACUCGAAUGUUUCAUUAAUGUUUCGAAGCGUCACCUGACUCACCUCGCAGACCAUCACCAGUCCUGUAGCGUCCGUCCUCACACCCACCAGCCUCCCAAGGUUCUCACAGCAGUGACCACAUAAAUCAACACACAUUGAAGUCAAGUGCGAGAAAGAGCGGCGCGAAAAGACUAAUCCUAGCGCUCAGUACGUUUAUGAGGUCAUAAAGGACUCCUUGCCUGUGUCGCUGCCUCCCCAGCUGACUAACAUGCCCCUCCUGCCGGCGCUAUUGUUGCUGUUACCCUUGCUCUUCGCCCAGCCCGCCAUGUAAGCCUCCAGGACCGCGGCAGGGAUGAACUAUUUGAAGAUGGAGGAGAGAGAUCCCCACUUCCCGCCUCUUGUCUCCCAGCCUCGCUUCUCCACGCCGUCGCCGCCUCUCAUGGAAGAUUCGUUCCAGUACCCGUCGGAGCAGGAGCCGUGGGUCGCUUUAGUGAUGGCCCUGUCAAAGCUGCUGGGUCACUUGAUGGAGCCGUACAUUGCCGCCAUGCCUAACCUGCCGCUCGACUGGACCACCGCUUUGAAGAACGCGAACUUCAUCCUUGACAAGACCUCGCCCUCUAUCGGCCCUUUGAGAGGCGCGGUGGUGGGCAUGGCGGCGAUGGCUAUUCCGAUCGUUAUGCAGGUGGCGCGGGCAGUGGUGGAUAGCGUGGCCAGUCUGCUGGACAACACUGUGUUCGUGGUGACAGGGCACGGGUUGGGCCGCCGCUCUGUACCCUUGGACGUGACAGAGGAGCUGACGGACGUCGUGCUUCGCCUCAUCCACCUCGUCACCCGCCACCUUGGCCGCCGCUGAGGCUGUUAGCGUCACCUUGUUGAGUUGCGCCAUUGAGUAUUAUAAUAAAGUGGACAUACGGUA